GGAGACGAGAGAGAGGAGUGAUGAGAUGAUGAGCGGGGAUGGGGUGGGGCGAGCUCCGCGCAGAGGGAGAGCAUUGAGAGCAUGGAGGAAGGAGAAAGAUGUGGAGAUGGUGGACGGCGGCAUGCAGCAGUAGGAGGAGGGGGAGGUGCCGAGAGAGAGAGAGAGAUAGAGACAAGCGCGCGAGGAGUGCACGCGGUGUCUGGGCGGAUCCAUCGAAUCGAGCAGGGCGGUUGCCGGUUGAUUUUGCGCUGAGAGAAGAUUAAGAUCUGAUCGCCGAGGCGGACGAAGAAGUGGUGUGGCAAAGUGUCGUGUCCGGUCCGAGGAAGAUUGAAUCAAUCGGUCGAUUUUUUUCUAAGCCUAACGACUCGUGGGUGGGUGGGUCGGUCGGUCGGUCUGUGAGUCAGAGCAGUCGCGGAAGAAACGUAUCGGACCUGCGGGGGUUUGAGGAUUUUACCGGGCGGUUGUGGGGGUAGAAUGUGAGAGAAUGAGCAGUAAUGGGUUGGGAGUAGGGAGCUCAUCCAUGCGCCGUUCGACUUCUCAAUCUCAGAAAAUGGACAUGCCCAAGCUGCAGGCGCGCAUGAGCUCCCCCUUUCCCCCUCAUAAAACACAGCUGCCCCCUCGCUACCAGGUAAAUCCUGGCCCCUGGCGCUCAUCUUGUCGACGCAACACAUGGAUAUUUUUGGGCAUGCUGUUACUUCUGUCCUUCUUCUUAUAUCUCAUUUCGAUCACCAGAGGCAUGCUACUCUCCAGCCACUUUCCCAGGAGGGCAGGUAGCAAUAAGGGCUACGCGGUAAUCAUAGAUGCGGGAAGCUCCGGAUCUCGUCUUCACGUGUUUCAGUACAUCAAGGAGGGCUCCAUUCCCCUCCUGGUCCACAAGGGCAAGGAUUCGCUCUCUCUGAAAACUCGGCCUGGUCUCUCGUCCUUCGCAUCCAACCCCAAGGCGGCAGGAACAUCCCUGGACAGGCUUUUGGAGUUCGCGAAGGAAAAUGUUCCCGAGAAAGACAGAGGCACUACUCCUCUGUAUUUGAUGGCGACUGCAGGAUUGCGCUUAUUGGAUGUGGGUGUUCAGGAUGCCAUUCUGGAAUCUUGUAGAGAUGUACUCAGAUUGGGAGGUUUCAUGUUCAAAGAUGAGUGGGCCUCUGUUAUUACAGGGAUAGAUGAAGGAAUUUACGCAUGGGUAGCCGCAAAUUACGCCCUCGGAACCCUUGGAGGAGAUCCUCAGGAGACGACUGGAAUUGUUGAACUCGGUGGUGCAUCUGCGCAGGUGACUUUUGUUCCAGAGGUUGUUCCUCCCCCAGCUUUCCGGCAUGAGCUCUAUCUUGGGGGUGUCACGUACACAUUGUACACCUACAGCUUUCUUCAGUUUGGUCAGGAAGCAGCAUGGGAGAAAUUGCUAGAAAUGAUUACAGCGGGAGUCCUGAAGACAACAUUAUCUGAAGCAGAACAUGAAGACGUCGUGGUGGAUCCUUGCACUCCUCGAGGUUAUGUCUUCAAGCAGAAUAGUAUUAUCAGUGAAGUCACCAACGAACAAAGUGUGAAGGAGGCUAUUCCAUCAAUUCGUUCUGCCGGAAACUUCACUGAUUGUCGAAGAGCAGCUCUUGCUCUUCUGCAGAGAGGGCGAGAUAAUUGCCUGUACAAGAAGUGUGCAAUCGGAUCGGCUUUUGUUCCUGAGUUGCGAGGAAAGUUUUUUGCCACUGAAAAUUUUUACUACACUUCUGAGUUUUUUGGAUUGCCAUCAACAACCUCCCUUGCAGAGAUGGAACUUGCAGGACAGCAUUAUUGUGGUGAAGACUGGAAGACACUACAACAAAAGCAUCAAGGCAUGGAGACAGAGGACCUGCUCAAGUACUGCUUCUCAACAGCCUAUAUCGUAGCUUUGCUCCAUGACACCCUUGGAGUCGACAUGCGUGACGACAGGGUACGUUUCACGAAUCGCGUAGGAGAGGUGCCUCUAGACUGGGCUUUAGGAGCUCUGAUCGUCCAUCUAGAAAAUGACAACUUUGGGGAGGUUCCACCAGUAUGGUUAUUCGGAGAGGAGUCAUUCAGGAUCUUUGCAAUAUUGGGGUGCGUGGUCCUAUUAGGUUUUGUGGUAUGGAUGAUCAUGCGAUUCCGAAGGCCACAUUUGAAAACUAUUUACGAUCUAGAAAAGGGUCGAUAUAUCACCACAGCAGCCCGGAGUCAUAGAUAAUUCAAUUCUUUUUUCUUGAGAAUAUUUCAUUCUCUGUCUAAGGUUUCCUGCAUUAUGUGGGAUUGCCCGAUUUUUUUUGCUGACAUCCCUAUCAUAAGCUGCUUAGUCUUAGCGAUCAAUGCCGCCGUAGUCACUGCGUCAACAAAUUUUAGUCCUGAAAUUGAGUUCACAUUUUUAGGUGUACAGUACCUUGGUUGGGACCCUCAAUGCCUCUUCACCGUAGGAACUGAAUUUUGGUCCCUCUCACUCUGAGCUGGUGAAAUGUAUGAUAAUCGUCUGCAUUCAAUAUACCUGAUUUUAACCAGAAGGCCGUUAACUUGAGAAAAUUGUCAGUAGUUUAUAUUUUAGAUAGUGGAGUGCCGAGGGAAAUACAAUAUUCCUUGUCGAUUUAGUUUUGUAUGUGGUUACUUACAUACACUUAGGAUUUGGUGUGCCUGCAGUAGAUAUAUUAUGCACACAGCAAACACAUACGUGGUGUGGAUGGUCACUUGGAGAUAUCAUACCUUCCUAUGCGUCUUGACAGGUCGACAAAGCACCACGAAGUUUAUUAGGCAGAAAGUAUAUGUACUACGAUUCUUUGUUGUGCAGGCUAGAGAUUGUUUACUGGUCAUGUAUAUUCCUGAAUUGACACACAAUCGC